AUGUUGGACUUGGAUCAGUCCCUGGCAGGGAAAAGCAGCUGGGAGAUGGCCAGUCUGGAGAUGGAGGUCAACUCUCCGCGGUUCCCCGUGCUCGACCUGAUCCAGGGUCAGCAGUACCUCUUCAGAGUGCGCUCCAUCAACAGGCACGGUGUCAGCGACCCCUCGGAGCCCAGCGCACCCAUCUCCUUGGGAAAACAAGAAGCGGUGCCGGCUGCUCCUCACUCUGUGAUGGCCGUCAGAGACACGGACACCUCGGUGCUGCUGCAGUGGAAGGAGCCCGAAGAGAAAGACGACGUUCUGGGUUACUACCUGUACUGCAGCGAGAAAGGCAAACAGGACUGGAAGACUAUCAACAACAAGCCUGUGACCAAAAACAGAUUUACAGUCCACGGCCUCAAGAACCGACAGGAAUAUGUGUUCAGGGUGAAGUCUGUGAGCCGGGCGGGAAACAGCAGCUACUCAGACGAGUCCCCCCCCAUCCUCGUCAAAGCAGCCAUAUCGGUUCCCUCUGCUCCCUCUGCCAUCGCCCUGCUGCUGUGCACCGGGUCAGAGAUGGUGUUGGGAUGGAGGGCCCCUGCGCGUCACGGGGGAGACCCUGUGCUCGAAUACUACCUGGAUCAGAGGGAGAAGGGCGGGAAAACGUGGAGAGAAGUCAACGUGAAGCCGGCCAAAAAGAGGCAGUUUAAGGUUUGUAACCUGACGAGUGGAGACUUCUACCAGUUCCGUGUGUUUGCUGCCAACAUGGCCGGCGUGGGGAAGCCGUCUGAGAGCAGCGAAGCUUUCCUCUGUGAGAAGUGGACCAUGCCAGAGCCAGGUUGCCCCUAUGACGCGGAGGUCAAGGAGGUGAGGGCCGGAUCUCUGGUGCUGCUGUGGGCCGCCCCGCUUUACCAAGGUCAGGGUCCCGUCACUGGAUACUUCCUGGAAAUCAGCGAGGGCGACCAAUCAGACAACUGGACUACUCUGAACGAAAAGCCGAUCUCUGACACACAUUACAAGGUCUCAGGUCUUCAGGAGGGUCACACCUACCGUCUCCGUGUGGCGGCUGUCAAUCAGGCUGGAGUCGGUCCCGCCUCCCUGCCCACCGAGCCGGUCACAGCUCACACCACAGGUGCACAAAACAUCGAGAUUGGAGUGGACGACGAUGGUUUCAUAUUUCUGGGCUACGAGGCUGAGGGGACGGACGAGGAGAGCAAGUUUCUGUGGAACAAAAACUACACCGAGCCCAUUGAUGCCCAAAGAGCUCAGGCAGAAAACACGAAGUGCGGGUCUGUCCUCACCUUCUCAGACCCCUCUGAGGAGGAUCUGGGUCUCUACACCGUGGAGACCAGCGACAACCCAGACCUGUCGUCCAGCUACGACUUCACGGCUGAAGACCUUGAGAGACUCAAAGAACUCAGCUGGCAAGUCAGAAAUCCACUGAUAGAUCUGAAGUCGGGCUGGCAGGUGGAGGUUUCUGAGAAAGGUGAAGUCCGUCUCUGGCUUCAGACUGAGAGCCUGAGUGAUGAGGCUGAGCUGCGUCUCAUCUUCAACGAUAAAGAAAUCAGCAGCUCUCCGGUAGGAAACGCUGUGUCGGUGUUCCUGAGCAUGAAUCUAACCUCGUCAGG